AUGGAUUCUGAAGUCGCUGCUUUAGUUAUUGACAAUGGUUCUGGUAUGUGUAAAGCCGGUUUCGCCGGUGACGACGCUCCAAGAGCCGUCUUCCCAUCCAUUGUAGGGAGACCAAGACACCAAGGUAUCAUGGUCGGUAUGGGCCAGAAGGACUCCUACGUCGGUGACGAAGCUCAGUCCAAGAGAGGUAUCUUGACUCUACGUUACCCAAUUGAACACGGUAUCGUCACCAACUGGGACGACAUGGAAAAGAUCUGGCAUCACACCUUCUACAACGAACUGAGAGUCGCCCCAGAGGAACACCCUGUCUUGUUGACCGAAGCCCCAAUGAACCCAAAGUCCAACAGGGAGAAGAUGACCCAGAUCAUGUUCGAAACUUUCAACGUCCCAGCUUUCUACGUCUCCAUCCAGGCCGUUCUGUCGCUGUACUCGUCCGGUAGAACCACCGGUAUUGUGCUGGACUCCGGUGACGGUGUCACUCACGUCGUCCCAAUUUACGCCGGGUUCUCCUUGCCUCACGCCAUUUUGAGAAUCGACUUGGCCGGUAGAGAUUUGACCGACUACUUGAUGAAGAUCCUUUCCGAACGUGGUUACUCUUUCUCCACCACCGCCGAGAGAGAAAUCGUCCGUGACAUCAAGGAGAAGUUGUGUUACGUCGCCUUGGACUUCGAACAAGAGAUGCAAACCGCUGCUCAAUCUUCGUCAAUUGAAAAAUCAUACGAAUUGCCAGACGGUCAAGUCAUCACCAUCGGUAACGAAAGAUUCAGAGCCCCAGAGGCUUUGUUCCACCCAUCUGUCUUGGGUCUAGAAUCCUCCGGUAUCGACCAAACCACUUACAACUCCAUCAUGAAGUGUGAUGUCGAUGUCAGAAAGGAAUUGUACGGUAACAUCGUCAUGUCCGGUGGUACCACCAUGUUCCCAGGUAUCGCGGAAAGAAUGCAAAAGGAGAUCACCGCUUUGGCUCCUUCCUCCAUGAAGGUCAAGAUCAUCGCCCCACCAGAGAGAAAGUACUCCGUCUGGAUCGGUGGGUCCAUCUUAGCCUCGUUGACCACUUUCCAACAGAUGUGGAUCUCAAAGCAAGAAUACGACGAAAGUGGUCCUUCCAUCGUCCACCACAAGUGUUUCUAA